AUGGCUGACACAAAACUUCAAGAGUUGAUUCAAGAAUAUAAAACUGAUAAGAUUAAUAUUCAAUUGGAAAUUUCAAGAACUUUAUCUAAUGUAUAUUCUUUAGCUCAUAAAGUGGAAGAAAUUGACAAAAGGCUAGAAGACAUUAACAGAAAAAAUUACCUGGAAAAAUUCCAAACCCAACUUGAUAAUAUUAAUGUCGAAGGAAUCACAAGGGAUCAUCAUCAUGUGUUGAACAAAAAUGAAACAGUUAAUACCACUGGUAAUUUAUACACUGUUGGAAAUUAUGGAAAUCAUGGUUCAUAUGAUAACCCCUUUAAUAAUGGUAACUGCAACGCUUGUGGAGCUCCUGAACAAAGGAAUCAACAUGAUAUCAAUGACAACGAGGAAUUAAGUGAGCCAGUUCGUGCUUUUAUUGGUUUCCUAACUUUAAUUUUAAUUGUUUACUCAUCUUACAAAUUUAUCACCAUAUGUUUAUAA